AUGGCCGCAUCUCGCACCUUCUUCGUCGGCGGCAACUACAAGAUGAACGGCACGCUCGAGAGCACCAAGAAGCUGCUCCAGCUGCUCAAGGACGCCCAGCUCGACUCCAACACGGAGGUCGUCGUCGCGCCGCCGGCGAUCCACCUGCUGCUCGCGCAGGAGCAGCUUGCCGGCUCGCCCGUCAAGGUCUCGGCGCAGAACGCCUACCACAAGGACGCCGGCGCCUUCACCGGCGAGAUCAGCGUCACGCAGCUCAAGGACGCCUCCAUCCCGUGGGUCAUCCUCGGCCACUCAGAGCGCCGCACGCUCUUCGGCGAGAGCGACGAGCUCGUCGCCGAGAAGACCAAGGCCGCGCUGGCGCAGGGCAUCAGCGUGAUUGCGUGCGUCGGCGAGACGCUCGAGCAGCGCGAGGCCAACGAGUCGAUCAACGUCGUCGUGCGCCAGCUCGAUGCGAUCAAGAAGCAGGUCGACGACUGGAGCAAGAUCGUCGUGGCCUACGAGCCCGUGUGGGCCAUCGGCACCGGCAAGGUCGCCACGACGGAGCAGGCGCAGGAGGUGCACGCCGCCAUCCGCAAGUGGGCCGUCGAGAAGCUCGGCCAGUCGGCCGGCGAGGGCCUGCGCGUCAUCUACGGCGGCUCCGUCGCGGCCAAGAACUGCAAGGAGCUCGCCGCCCAGCCCGACAUCUCGGGCUUCCUCGUCGGCGGCGCCUCGCUCAAGCCCGAGUUCGUCGACAUCUGCAACGCGCGGCUCUAA